AAGGGAAAGCCGGUCUUCUUGUUUCGUGAAUUGAAUACGACCAAAGAGCCACCCCUCUCACUCUCUUUCUCUCAUUUAGGACUUCUCUCCUACAAAUAUGAGAAUGCCUCCCAAAUUUUCUUGCAACUUCCUCUUACGGCCUCGUGAUUUUUUCCUUCCUAAGUUUGUUCUGCUUUGAUUUUUGGAACUGUAGAGAAACUUAAGGUUGAAAAAGAACACACCCCCACAUAAAACUUUGGGCUUUUGUUGAUCCUUUAUCAUAAAUAUCAUCAGCUCAAAGAAAUAAGCUUUGAUUUUUGGCCUGAGUUAUUGCUGCUUAUUUAGAGGGUGAAUCCAGAGUUGGAGGCAUAAAUUUGUCCAUGGGUGAAGCCCCAGCUUUCAUUGUUGAUGAUCUGCAGGAGGGAUUUCCAAAUGGGUUUGAUUUAAAAUCUAAGGGCAGUGCAACAGCCACUGUUAUCGGAAAUAAAGCAUAUCUGAUUGGAGGAGCUGAUGAUGAAUCGACAUUAUCAAUUGGAGUUCAGAUUUUUGACCAAACUAGAGGCGAAUUGACGAAUCCUAUUGUCCUCGGAACAAAACCCAAGCCAUGUAAAGGGCAUUCAACAUUGCUUUUAAAUGAGGAUCGAAUUUUGAUUAUUAAGAGAGAUUCUACCCCUGAUGAUUGCAUUUGGUUUCUUGAGGUGGACACCCAAUAUGUUAGGGAACAGCGAAAAAUAUUGGGGACUGAGGUUGUUGCUUGGAGUAAGGGUGUGAGGGGCUAUGCUGAGAAGCCGGUCGUUAUUAGUGGUCCUUCUGGAGUAGGUAAGGGUACACUGAUAUCCAUGCUCAUGAAGGAAUUUCCAUCUAUGUUUGGAUUCUCUGUGAGCCACACAACCCGGGCUCCAAGGGGCAUGGAGAAGGAUGGAGUUCAUUACCAUUUCGCUGAAAGAAGCGCUAUGGAGAAAGAUAUAGAGGAUGGAAAGUUUCUCGAGUUUGCUUCUGUUCAUGGAAAUCUUUAUGGAACUAGUGUUGAAGCAGUUGAAGUGGUAGCAGAUGCAGGAAAGAGAUGCAUUCUUGACAUCGAUGUUCAAGGGGCAAGGUCUGUGAAGGCUAGCUCUCUUGAAGCUAUAUUCAUCUUUGUCUGUCCUCCAUCAAUGGAGGAGCUUGAGAAGCGUCUCCGCGCAAGGGGGACUGAGACAGAGGAACAGGUCUUAAAGCGGCUCCGAAAUGCUCAGGCAGAGAUUGAGCAAGGGAAAUCAUCAGGCAUCUUUGAACAUAUAUUGUAUAAUGAUAAUCUUGAGGAGUGUUAUGAGAGUCUUAAGAAACUUUUGGGACUUGAUGGAAAUGGCACUGCUUGCCCUAAAUCAUCAACCAAAGGGAUUGAUCUUCCUAUGGACCUAUCAAUAUCAAAAAUUGAUCACAAAGUCAUCAUUAACUGCGGAAAUCCAGAACUAAAGCCAGCAUCAAAGAACUUGAUUGUGAUGGAUUUGUCCUCACUGAAAGGGGGGGCACCUGGACGGACAAGAGGGCUAGAUUUUUAUGCCAUUGACUCAUUUUCAGAUGGCUUGAAUGGAUUCAACCAGCUGAACUAACCAUCAGCGGCUAUACUAACUUGGGGGGGGUCUCAUUUUCAAAAAUUCUCUUCAAUCUAUUCUUAUUUAACUUUAAAAGGGGAAAAAGUGGAAAAGCUCUAGAUGUUAUGUGAGACCAUGGCAUUAUUUGAAAUUUUUUUCUUCC